CGUGCUCCUCAUCAGUCAUCAAGCUCGGGAAAUCUACAGGUACGAUUUUUGAUAACAUCAGAAGCCUUAUCGGACAAACUAUAAUUUUUUUUGUCAAAAUCUUCGUCAAAAAAUCCAUAAUCAAUAAUCUGUGUUUGUUUAAAAGAUACCUGCCUCAAACAUUGCCUUACUUUUAGCUACACCAUCUCUAAAAAUUGACCUUCCCGUUCGCAUUUCCAUGGCGGGUUCGGACUCUAUAAAUACUUCCAUUCGAUCUUACGAAUCUACAUUCCCCUUCCGAUUCUCAUUUUUGAGUUGGGACGAUCCCAACUACUCUCACCCCAACACCCUCAACAAUGGCUUCUCCCAGACCAAUUUUCUGCAUUCUUUUCCUCUUCUUUUCCCUCUCAUCCGCACUCGACAUGUCGAUUGUUAAAUACAAUGAAAAUCAUAAAAUGGGCUCCCAGGAUGAUAUCAUGGCGUUGUACGAAUCGUGGCUUGUGAAACACGGGAAGGUGUAUAAUGCUUUGGGCGAGAAGGAGAAGCGCUUCGCGAUUUUCAAGGAUAACUUGAGGUUUAUUGAGGAGCAUAAUUCUGUAGACCGGUCGUAUAAACUUGGCUUGAACCAAUUUGCUGAUUUGACGAAUGAAGAGUACCGGUCCAUGUUUGUGGGAGGGAGAAUGGAGAGGAAAACCCGGCUGGUGAAGGGUGGGCAAAGUGAUCGAUACGUCUUUAAGGCCGGCGAGGAGUUUCCUGAUUCUGUUGACUGGAGAGAAAAAGGCGCCGUCGCUCCGGUCAAGAAUCAAGGCCAUUGUGGGAGUUGCUGGGCAUUCUCUACGAUUGCUGCUGUUGAAGGAAUAAAUAAGAUUGUAACGGGCGAGCUGAUAACUUUGUCUGAGCAAGAGCUGGUUGAUUGUGAUAAGAUGUAUAACCAGGGAUGCAAUGGGGGUCUAAUGGACUAUGCCUUUGAUUUCAUCACUAAAAAUGGUGGCAUUGACAGUGAGGAAGAUUACCCUUACAGAGCACUAGAUGGCAGGUGUGACCAAUCUCGGAAAAAUGCUCGGGUUGUCUCUAUUAAUGGUUAUGAAGAUGUUCCGGAAAAUGAUGAACAGUCACUCAAGAAGGCUGUGGCGCAUCAACCAGUUAGUGUUGCCAUUGAAGCUGGGGGCAGGGCUUUCCAACUAUAUCAGUCGGGUGUCUUCACAGGAACCUGUGGAACCGAACUAGAUCAUGGUGUUGUUGCUGUUGGAUAUGGUACAGACAACGGAAUAGAUUACUGGACCGUGAGGAAUUCAUGGGGCCCAAGUUGGGGAGAGAACGGAUACAUUAGGCUUCACCGCAAUGUGGUUAAUACCACCACUGGGAAGUGUGGGAUUGCAAUGGAGGCCUCAUACCCCGUCAAGACCGGUCCGAACCCUCCUAAUCCUGGCCCAUCUCCUCCAGCUCCAGUGAAACCUCCCACGGUGUGUGAUGAUUACUACACAUGUCCUAAGGGAAGCACCUGCUGCUGCGUGUACCAGUUUGACGACUUCUGCUUCGGCUGGGGAUGCUGCCCUUUCGAGUCUGCUACCUGCUGUGAUGACCACUACAGCUGCUGCCCACAUGACUAUCCUGUCUGUGAUGUUGAAGUUGGGACUUGCCUGAUGAGCAAGGGCAACCCGAUGGGCAUAAAAGCAUCGAAACGAAGCCCUGCUAUGCCAAACUGGGCUCAUCUGCAGGCUGGUCGGAAGGUCACCAGCCUAUGAUUAAGAGCCAUGUUUGGUAUACAAUGUUCGUUGACAACAUGCCACUAUGAUUAAGAACCAUGUUUGGUAUACAAUGUUCGUUAACAACAUACCAUGUGGCAUGUUGUUAUUGGACAAUUUGAAAAAUCGUUUGUUUUUUUAACUGACAGUUUUUUGACACGUCAACAUUGUCAACCAAUGUUAUCAUCCAAUAUUGUACAAAUAGUAUAAUUGCUGUGAUUAAUUCUCUAAAUAUUUAGGUUGUGGGUGAUUGAAAAGUUUACGAUAUGGGAUUGAGUUUAUUUCUUGAUGA